UACUCCCGUUGCUUCCGCGCGCAAUGACUUUCAAAGUGCUCAAGCUAGCAAGCCAAAGAAGAACACAUUGGUAGGGAAACCUGGGUGGGUAGCUAACCGUUAGCUAGCUAGUCCAAGCAGAAAUUCGACUUGAGGACUGGGAAGUGUCAAAUAAACUGAACCCUGCCGGUUAGCUUGAUUUCGAUAUACGAUUAUGAAAUAACGUUGACUUUUGGCGACACAAGUGAAUCCAUAUUGGAGUGUGUUUCCUUCCUCCACUCCCACAGUGAACAGUAAUGAUUCAGUAGGUGUCCCGGUGGAGCAUUGGGAGACAGCAGGCAGGAGGACGACAGGAUGCUGGAGGUAGAGGAGGCAGGCCCAGCGGGGGAGGAGGGAGAUGAGGAGGUGGGGGGCAGUGACCUGAGAGCUGAGGUGGUGAGGCUGAAUUUGGAGCUCCAGGAGGCCAACGAGGAGAAAUUGCAGGCGGCCCGGUAUGGCCUGGUGGUGCUAGAGGAGAGCGCCGAACUGAAGAAGAAGCACACCCAGCUGGAGGAGGAGCACGAGACUCUCAAACAGGAGCUGCAGCAGCUUAAAGAGGCUCUGUCAGACUCUGUGACCAGCCACAAGCGUGCAACAGCAUAUGGGGAGACCCGGGAGGAGUGCCUGCUGGAGGAGACUGCCAGCAAGGAGGCUGCCAUGGCAACCAGCAUGGCUGAGUUGCAGGCCGAGUUACGGCAGACGCGCCUCGCUCUGGGCAACGCUCACGCUGAGAUAGACCGACAGGCCGGCCUCUCCUCUCAGCUAAAGAAGGAGUGUGAGUGUUCGGAGCUGGAGAAGGGCCACAUGAGGCAUGAGAUGAAGGAGUAUAAGGUGCGGGAGGUUCGUCAGCUCCAGGACAACAGUGAGCUGGAGGAGGAGAACACCUGUCUGCAGAAACAGGUGUCUGUACUCAAGGAGAACCAGGUGGAGUUUGAGGCGGUGAAGCUGGAGCUCACCCACAAGGAGGAGCAGGAAGAGGUUCUCCAGGCCCAGCUGGAAGAGGCGGCGCGGCUAAGGGAGAUCGCCGAGCGUCAGCUGGACGAGGCCUUGGAGGCCCUCAAGGAGGAGAGGGAACAGAAAAACACCCUGAGGAGGGAGCUCUCGGCCCUGACCCUCAACCCCUUCGACUCGGUCGGCCACAUGGAGAUGCAGCUGGAUGACAGUGGGGACAGUGGAGGGGGCCAGAGGAGCUCUGAGAACCAGGAGCACGAAAAGGAUAGUGGUUACAAUAACGGCCCGGGGUCUGGUUGCGCUCCUACUAACCCCAAGGCUAAUGGGCACGUCCAGCACUUCUCCACACCCAGGAACCGUGAUGUGUUCCUGAGGCCUGCGCCUGGCCUGGUGUCUGACCUGCUCAGCGAGUUGCACCUCUCUGACGGACAAAAACUCAAACAGCAACUCAUGCAGGCUGAGAGGGAGAAGACUGGUCUGGCCAACACGGUCCAGGACCUCCAGAGGCAGUUGGAGCUGUCUCAGCAGGCCUUCAGUGAGCAGGAGGACAAGGUGGGCUUCCUGACCCAGCAGCUGGAGGCUGUGCAGCUGCAGAAACACAUCCUGCCCCAGGAGAAGGCAGCAGGCGAUAAGGGGGACGGGAGCAUCAGAACCCUGGAGAACGGGGCGGCUGACUACGACUAUGAGCUGGACGUGAAGAGCACAGAGGUGCUGGAGGCCCGGAUGAAGGCGGCCAGCGAGGAGCUGCUGAAGCUGCGUGGGGAGCUGUCCCAGGCGGGGAAACGUUACUCAGCCCUGGAGCAGCGCUGCCGGCAGGAGAAGGAGAGGUGGAGGGGAGAGGCCCAUGAGCUGGCUGAGAAAAUCCGCCAGUGCAUUAAGUCCAGCCGGCAGGAUCAGGAGCGCAUCAGCGAGCUGGAGAAGGAGAUCGGAGCGACGAGGAAAGUGGCUACUGAUUCUGAGGGUCAUCUCAGUGUGGCACAGGAGGAGCUGCUGGCCUUCUCUGAGGAGCUGGCCAACCUCUACCACCACAUCUGUGUGUGCAACAACCUCACGCCCAAACGCGUCACCCUGGAUUACUACCGCGACGGGGCCAGGGUCCAGUCAGGGGGGAGUGGAGGGAAGUCCAACCACCUGCACCCCCACCCCCAUCAUGGACGUAACAAGCGACGCUCCAAUGAGUUGUUUGCGAAAGCAGUGCACGGAGGGGAUGGAGACAGUAGGCCUGGUACUCCCCAGGAUUCCCGUGACAACUCCCCCUCACCACGCUGCUCCUCCCCCGCCCCAGUCUGCCCCAGCUCCCCCACCAUGGACUUCAGGGACCCCUCCAAUGUUUGCAAUCUGGUGGCUGUCAUCCGCUGCCAGAUCAAACACCUCCAGGUGGCGGUGGACCUGUGUCGCCAGAGGGGUACGUUGCCCUAUUCGGGAGGGAUCAGCUGUGGAGGGGAGCUGGAAAGCGAGGCCCUCAUGGAGGAGGUGCUGAAGCUCAAGUCUCUCCUCAGCACCAAGAGAGAGCAGAUCGCCACUCUGAGGACGGUCCUCAAAGCCAACAAACAGACGGCAGAGUUGGCUCUGAGCAACCUGAAGACCAAGUAUGAGACCGAGAAGAGCAUGGUGUCUGAGACCAUGGUGAAGCUGAGGAACGAGCUCAAGGCCCUGAAGGAGGACGCUGCCACCUUCUCUUCACUGAGGGUCAUGUUCGCCAGCAGGUGUGACCAGUAUGUCACCCAGCUGGAUGAGAUGCAGAGACAGCUAGCAGCGGCAGAGGAUGAGAAGAAGACCCUGAACUCCCUGCUCCGCAUGGCCAUCCAGCAGAAGCUGGCCCUGACCCAGCGCCUGGAGGACCUGGAGGCCCAUUUGUCUCCCCACAGCCUCUGCAGCAGCCCCCGCCGCGCCAGGGCUAAGGAGCUAGGCACCAAGACGGGCCGGAGCCCCCGCCGCAACAGCCCCCGCUCCAGCCCGGUCCUCACCAACAGCGUGCCCAGCACCGCCACCCACCACCUCCGAGCCCUCACCCGCAGCUUCCACACCAGCCCUCGGUGAAACCAGUCUUCCAUCAUGAUCACCCCAAUCCCCUACUCCUCCAUAAGGACCGUAUUCUCCAUGUUGACCUCCUGAAACAAACACCUUCCCUUCCUCCUGAAGUCAUCAUUCCUCCCAAGACCACCUCUUCAUCCCAGACCUUCUUACUCUACUCAUCAGACCCAGUGGACUGGCUGCUCCUAACAUAUCUCCCUACCUUCUGUAUGGACCAAAGAUGCCUACCUGCAUGCAACCAGUAAAGGAGUGUAAAAUAAGCAAAAAGGCUUUGAUUUUAUUUAUAAUAUUUUUUAUGAAGUAAAGGACUGUUUUCCUGACCGGCACAGUAUUAUUUAGCCUUUAUUUUUCAAACUGAAAAACGUUGAAAAGAAAAACCCUGUCCUGCUGUGUUCUCCUGCUGUUGAUGUAUAUUUAUGCAAGGUUAUAUAUUCCACUUUGAUGCUGCUGCAUGUCUUUUGACACUAGUGAAGACUUUUAGCCUAGCAACAUGACAAAGCCUGUCGGGAAACAGGCUUCUCCUAGGAGUGUCAGACCGCGUCCCCCUUUAGACAACCACUGCAUAGUCUGACCACCAUGGCGCCAUCUGAAAUGGCACCCUAUUCCCUAUAUAGUGCACUACUUUUGACUAGGGCUCUUAGGGAUUUGGUGAAAAGUAGUGCAGUAGGUAGGGAAUGGGGUGCCAUUUCGGACGUGUCCUAUGUCAACACAGGUUUCAUGGGCAUAAAAAAAUUAAAUGGCAGCCUUACUAACCAUAUUGAAAUACUAAACGCACAGGGAAGAGUGUUGACUCGCUCUUGUCUUGAUGUUUAUUUAUUCCUUUAGCUCAUUGCAUUUUCUACCGGCGGUAACUGUUAAAUCGUUGUCUUUAUCCUUUGACGUUCCUCACUGUUCGGCUUCGGCCUACCAGCCAUGCCCUUCAGUCAGGAGAUCAAUAUCACUGAUUUGAAACUACAAAGCCGUAGUCUCAGCAGUCAAGGUUAAUAUUACAGUUUAAUUAACUAGCUCAAAAACAUAUUUGGGAGAUAUGUGAUGAGCAUGCUUCAUUCCAAACUAUGCACAUAGUUCAGCAGAGCCUGUGUGAUAUCACUCCUGCUGAGACUGAAGACCCUGCAGACAUCUGUUCUUCAGGACCUCUGUGAAGGCUGGGCCUCUGAGGCUGAUGUUUCCAUAGAAAUAUAAUUAUUACUACAGGCAUCUAUUAAUUCUAAUUGUAUUGGAUGGUUCUCCUCUCUCCUGGCAGCAGAGCUGCAGUGGUCUUGGGCCUUCUUCUACAGGGGCCCUACAGGACCACACUGCCAGCCUCAUACAGUACAGGACCAAUGGGAUGACAGGACAGGAGCCGAGCAGCAGAUCCACAUAUGAUCAUAUCUAGUAGCCUAACCUAAAUGUUUUUUGGAGAUAGCCAUUUUUUGAAUAUUUAAAUAAGGAAAAAAGGAAGGCUGAAGUCAACUCCGUACAAUUGGGUUUCCGUCCUGUGUUUAGUGAAGGUCAAUACAUGAUGCUUAUUGGUGGUUCUAAUUUUUGUAAUAGUGCCUUGGUUUUACGGCUCCGGUCAGUUGAUUUUAGGCUAAAUCAUAUUUUAAAAUAUAAACGGUAUGAUUCAACACUGUUGAACUGAUGAGAUGUGUGUAGUGUAUUUGUUGUACAUUUAUUAUGGAGCUUUAUUUGUUUGAUUUUGAGGAAACUAAUAGGCUCUUUUUUGGUACAUCAUUGAGUAGUUUGAGUUUGUACAUUUUUAUGCCCUUUUCAUCCCCCAUUUUCUCACUUUCACCAAUGUGUUUGUACAUGUAUUCUAAAUGUAACUGAUCAUCAUACAACAUCAAUAUGUAUCAUGUGGACGAUGUAUCUUAUCUGUAAAUUGAUUUUGUGUCGAUAGAACCCAAAUGGUGUUCAUCAAUUUCUGUGUAUGUAAAGUAAGUUAAUUUUAUUGACCUGUGCACCACUUAUUGUGUGAUGGAGAAUAAAGCAACACCACUGUCUGUGUA